AUGUUUGUCCAGUUAUACGUUAUUAGUAAUAGUAUAUUAUUGUUUCUUUGUUUUCCCAUUCUUAGCCAAUUACAUGAUUUCUGGCGUUUGGAUUACUGGGAAGAUGAUCUUCGUCGAAGGAGACGAUUUGUUCGUAAUGCAUUUGGCUCCACUCACGCUGAAGCAUUACUUAAGGCUGCAAUAGAGUAUGGCACUGAAGAAGAUGUGGUGAAGUCAAAGAAAACAUUCAGAAGUCAAGCAAUAGUGAAUCAGAAUGCAGAGACAGAACUUAUGCUGGAAGGAGAUGAUGAUGCAGUCAGUUUGCUACAGGAAAAAGAAAUUGAUAAUCUUGCAGGCCCAGUGGUCCUCAGCACGCCUGCCCAGCUCAUCGCUCCCGUGGUGGUGGCCAAAGGGACUCUCUCUAUCACCACGACAGAAAUCUACUUCGAGGUAGAUGAGGAUGACCCCGCCUUCAAAAAGAUCGACUCUAAAGUCCUUGCAUACACUGAGGGACUUCAUGGAAAAUGGAUGUUCAGUGAGAUACGAGCUGUAUUCUCAAGACGUUAUCUUCUACAAAACACUGCUUUGGAAGUAUUUAUGGCAAACCGAACCUCGGUUAUGUUUAAUUUCCCUGAUCAAGCAACAGUAAAAAAAGUUGUCUAUAGCUUGCCUCGGGUUGGAGUAGGAACCAGCUACGGUUUGCCACAAGCCAGGAGGAUAUCACUGGCCACUCCUCGACAACUUUAUAAAUCUUCCAACAUGACUCAGCGAUGGCAAAGACGGGAAAUUUCAAACUUUGAGUAUUUGAUGUUUCUUAAUACAAUAGCAGGGCGGACAUAUAAUGAUCUGAAUCAAUACCCUGUGUUUCCAUGGGUCUUAACAAACUAUGAAUCAGAAGAAUUGGACUUGACUCUUCCAGGAAACUUCAGGGAUCUAUCAAAGCCAAUUGGUGCUUUGAACCCAAAGAGAGCUGUGUUUUAUGCAGAGCGUUAUGAGACAUGGGAAGAUGAUCAAAGCCCACCCUACCAUUAUAAUACACAUUAUUCAACAGCAACAUCUACCUUAUCCUGGCUUGUUCGAAUUGAACCUUUCACAACCUUCUUCCUUAAUGCAAAUGAUGGAAAAUUUGACCAUCCAAAUCGAACCUUCUCAUCAGUUGCAAGGUCUUGGAGAACUAGCCAGAGAGAUACUUCUGAUGUAAAG